UAACUCAAGCAAAUAGACCAAUACAAACCGGGUAAUAAAACCCAAAUAAAAUCUAAAACCCUACCCAUCGUUAGGGUUCUACCUCAUGUGGCGCGGAGCCAGAGUCGUUUCCGGCUACCUCCGCCGUUUCUCGACGGCGGUGCGGCGGCGCAUGGAAGACGAAGGUGACUGGCUCUACUCCUCCGAGUGGUGGGGCUCCGACUCCGACGAUGGUCACUCUGUUCUCCGAUCAACUUCCGGCAAGGGAAACGGCGUCGUUGCCGUCGUUGCAUAUCCCUCCUCCAGACCCAGCAAAAUGCAUUGGUCAGGAAUGGAAAGAUGGCUGCAGCAAAGGUGUGAGGAGGUGCAUCCUGGAUACAAGGAUGGAGGGAAGCUGAGGAUUCUUGGAUACCAAUGGAGGGUGCUUCGAUUCAAUGAAGUUACUCGCCAGAGCACCGCUAAAGUAAUGGCUGCUUACCGUGAAAACACGCCCGGUGUUGUCUAUCUCAUGCAGCAACCACAUUGCUUGGCUGUACCAUAUGUGAAGAGUAUGGUAUCAGCUGGUUUGACUACUAUAGCCUCAUGUAGUUUUGAUAUCAUCAGUGCACUGCAAGGAAAGAAAAAUAUGCACAUUUUAUGCAUUGGGCAUGGUGGAGGAAGUUUACCACUGUUUUUGGCAAGUCGAAUCCAAGGUGCCAUUGUCCAUGUAGUUGAAAUUGAUCCCCUAGUUAUCUCGGCCUCAAUUCGUGCUAUGGGGUUCCCGGGUUUCUCACUCAUGACAAAAUCAGGUGACAGGGCUGUUACAAAACCUGAUAUCAUUGAUGAAGUAAUGUGGAAAGGAGUGCAUGAAAGGAUUUUCCUUUAUGAAGCAGAUGCUGAGGAAUUUAUUGUUAAUAAUACCAAUGUAUACGAUAUGAUCUUUGUUGAUGCUUAUGAUGGUGAAGAUAUAUUUCCACAUAAGUUAUGGGACCCAGAUUCACCAUUCCUUAAAGCCCUGAGUAAUCAACUUCAUCCCAAACAUGGCACUGUUGUGGUGAACCUGCAUUCUGACUCUGAUGUCUUGAAUCAUGAUGGAUCUGUUCCAUCUGAGCUUGAGCAAAUUUUACCAAUGGGAAAGUAUGUAUCUCAAGUUUGCCGAGCAUACAAAGAUGUGCUUGUAGGAAAAGGAGGUUCUGGCCUUGCUUUUACUGUUGCAGUUCCUUGGGUCUGUAAUACGUCUCUGAUUGUGUGUAGAGGUUUUGGUAGGGAUAGUAAGUAUUUUAACCGGGACUUUGCUAUUAACACCCUCAUUUCCAAAUCCCUUGAACUGGAACAUGUAAUGGGCUUACCAUUCUCAUGUUUGGAAUACAUAAAAAGAGGUUUUAUUGUUGUUGGCUAACCGGUUUAUCACAAUGUUAAUACUAGUAGUCUGCGUUCAGCAAAUUCUCAAUCAGUCUCAUUUACUAUGAAGUAUGAUAUACUACUAUUCUCCUAUGUCAAUGGAAAAACAUAUUUCAACUGGGUUCACAUGA